AUGGGUAACGAAACACUGGCUAAAUUAAAAAAGAAUGUUAGGAAAUAUGAAAUGGUUGAAUUUAUGAUAACGGGAGAUACUCCUAAAACCCCUUUUGAUAUUGAGACAGAGAUGAUACAGUCUAAAGCACAACAAAUAAAUAAAGAUAACAGUUCAAAGAAACCCGAAAUUGAUAGAUUACGUGAAGAAGUAGAGAAUUUAAAAUUAUUAAUAAACUCCGGAAAUCCUAAACAAAAUUAUGUAGACAAUAAAUACAAUAACUCAUCACCGAACUUUAACGAACAUUCGAGACAAAACAAUUAUAACCAGCCAUGGUAUGGGCAACCAUCAAAACCACAUUUCGAUAAUAAUUACCAGCCUAAUAAUAUCAACAGAUACAGCCAGCCGUCCCACCCAGAAAACCCCACUCGUAAUCAAAGAUACGCAAAUAAUGACCCCCCAAAUAAAUAUAAAUUUUCUAACCAAACAAAAUCGUGUUCAUUUUGCUCGAAAAAAGGGCAUUAUGAGGAGGAAUGCUAUCAGAAAAAUAAACCACCCACAAUCUCAUGUCAAAUAUGCAAUAAACCCGGUCACACCGCU